AUGACCAUGAGUCAACCCAACACAAAGAGACAGAUGAACCGCGGGGUUCAGCCCCAGCAUGUGGACCCCGAAAUCAGCGCAUUGUCCACGAUCGGAAUGAGAAUCAGAAAGGCCGUCGCCGAAGGCUACAGCCUGCCCAACCACGAACAGUACAGCUACAGCAAUGGCCCCAGCCAGUUCCAGAGAGUGCCUCUUCCCGCCAACAUGAGCCAGCCUCCCUCGUUGACCAACAUGGGAUCCACUGUCGAGUCGUCAGGCUCGCGUUUGGGCGAGUGGGACAGCCGCUUUGACAUCCACAAUGCCCCCGUGCAAACGUUACCCAACUUUGAGGUCAGCCACAAGAGAAAGCAUGCUGAAACCGACGACGGGUUCGGCGGCGCAGUGCCAGAUUUGGGCACCUUUAGGCUGAAGUACGGUGACUUGAGCUUCAACGAGGAAGUGUAG